AUGUUCAUCAAAAACGAGAGAGAUAAGUUCUUGAAGAUAAAAACCCGAUUGAUUUUCGCAAAGACUUUCAAACACAAAGUCGUGAUAUUAGCCACGUUCUCGCUUAUUUAUCUAAUUAUUCUAAUCGUUUUAAUAAACACUUGGUUCGCGAGGAACGUGGAAACGAAAUCACUACUCAAUUUGCCAAAUGUGGUCGUUCAUAUCGAUCUUAAGGGGUCGCCGCCUAAAAUCUCGUAUUUGAAGAGUCUCUUGCCCAAAUUUAAGGAAUUUGGGGUGACAGGUUUGCUGAUGGAGUACGAAGAUAUGUUUCCGUAUGAAGAUAAAUUGGUGAAUUUAAGCGCUAGGAAUUGUUAUGAAAAAUCUGAGUUAUUCCAAUUCAUAUCACUGGCAACACACAUGGAGAUUGAGGUUAUUCCUUUGAUACAAACUUUUGGGCAUAUGGAGCAUGUGUUGAAAUUAAAGGAAUUCCAACAUUUGCGAGAGAUGCCCCUCUACCCUGACUCCAUCUGCCCCAGCAGACUGGAGAGUCAAGAUUUGAUUAAGAAUAUGAUUGAACAGGUAGCAAAUUUUCACAACGAUAUAACACCCCUGAAACAAUUUCACAUUGGAUGUGACGAAGUUUAUCAUAUGAAUAAAUGCCAUUUGUGUACCAGAAAUGGAUUGAAAGAUUCAGAGAUCUUCGUCCGGCACGUAAAAAUGGUCACCAGUUUAUUAAAAAAGAUCAGUCCCAAUACAACCGUCCUAAUCUGGGAUGAUGGUCUGCGGGACAUCCCCGUAUAUAAAUGGAACAACAUUGUAAAGGACCUCCAUAUUGAACCCGUUUACUGGGACUAUCGGCCCAGUCUAUCGAUAUCCCACGUUAAUCUAAUGAAGUAUUACGAUACAUUCCAAAAUAUUUGGGUAGCUUCCGCGUUCAAGGGUGCAGAUGGCCGAAUAGCAACGUUUCCAGAUUUAAAGAAACGCUUCCUCAACAAUUUUAGCUGGCUCAGCUUGAUGCAUGGCUACAAGUUCGGUGGCAGAAGCGAAGUGUAUAAAUUUAAAGGCGUAAUACUAACUGGUUGGUCUCGAUACAGUCACAUGGACGCUCCGUGCGAAUUACUUCCUCUUUCAAUACCCAGUCUGUUCUUGAACUUACUUUUAAUCAGACAUUUUAAGGAUUUCGGAUAUUCCGAUGAAGAUGAAAAGCUUAGUGUACAUCUUUACUUUAACAAAUACCUAAAAGAUGAUUUCAAAAAUGCGCUAGUAUGUCCAACAGUGAACAUUGAAUAUCUAGAUGUGUCAUACUGUAAGUUUGAUGGCAAAGAAGUAUAUAAUAUUCAUAAGCAUUUAAGUAUGAUUUUCGCAGAUAUAUCUUAUAAGCUAAAUGACGAGGAAACCGGUUUAUCAGCGGUUGAUUUCUAUUCUAAAACUCACAAUGUCAACUUGAAUAAUGUCGAUAAGGACUUGGAAUGGACAAACACAACAAUAAAGGAAAUGUUGGAAGCGGAAAAUAUAUUAAGGCACAACCUGAAACAAUAUUAUGACGUGUCCUUUAUAAAUGAAUACGUUAAUUAUAAAUUGUAUAAUUGGAAAUUAAUAUUGUAUAACUUGUCUAAAAAGCUAAAUGUAAUGUUACGAAAUCGAACUUGGGAUAGAAGACCGUAUGUUCUCUAA